UGCUCGACAUUGAAAAUACUGAUUCAUAUGAACCCGACCCUUAGUGCUCUCUUAGUACUCCACCCAUUGCUCCACUUCCCGUGGAAAAUAACUUCAUUUGUGUUAUAUAUAUAGGCUUUAGGCUUAUCAUAAAUUUUGCAAUACACUCUGUUGAAAGCAUUACAUUAUUAGCAAGUAUAUAUGAAUAUGAAAAUGAGAAGUAGAACAACUUGUACGUGUAUAUUACUUGUUUGUUUUUGGAUGUCUCAAUUGACAAACGUUGUUGUUUGUGAGUGUAGUAGAAAUAUGGUAAUUUUCAAUUUUGGAGAUUCAAAUUCAGACACAGGUGGUUAUCCAGCUGCCCAUGGAAUCAGAUUUGGAUUUCCAGAUGGCCGUACUUUUUUUCAUCAACCCUCUGAUAGAUUGUGUGAUGGACGAUUGAUUCUUGACUUCCUUUGUGAAAGUCUGAACAUGAGCUAUUUGACUCCAUAUCUGGAAUCUGUAAGGCCGAAUUUCAAGAACGGGGUAAAUUUUGCAAUCGGAGGUGCAAGUACACUCCCCAAAAAUGUUUUAUUUAGUCUGAGUACUCAAGUUCUCCAAUUUGUAAGGUUUCUUCAGUUACAAUCCAAAGGUUUGGAAGAGUUGGUUAAGAAAGAGGAUUUGAAGAAAGCAGUAUAUAUGAUAGACAUAGGACAAAAUGAUCUUGCCGGUGCAUUCACUUACCUUUCACAAGCUUCUCAAGUUAUUGAAAAAAUCCCUUCUUUCAUAUCUGAAAUUCAAGAUGCAAUUCUGAGCAUAUACAAACAUGGAGGGAAGAAUUUCUGGAUUCAUAACACGGGACCAUUGGGUUGUUUGCCACAGAAGGUUGCCACAAGAAAUGCAAGCAACUCGAACGAUGUUGAUGAUUAUGGCUGUGUUAAAUCAAUGAACGAAGCUGCGGAAGCAUUUAACAAUCAAUUGCACGCUCUUUGUGAACAAUUGAGGCUCCAAAUGAAGGACACAACCAUUGUGUAUGUUGAUAUGUAUGCCAUCAAGUAUGACCUCAUCGCAAAUUCUAGCGUUUAUGGUAUUCAAAAUCCAUUGAUGGUGUGCUGUGGUUAUGGUGGUCCGCCUUAUAACUACAAUUCCAACAUAACUUGUCGUCAAAGUGGGUGUACUCUGUGCGAGGAAAGCUCUGGAUAUGUCAGCUGGGAUGGAGUUCACUACACUGAGUUUGCCAAUUCAAUUGUUGCUUCCAAAAUACUCUCUACUAAUUAUUCUACUCCACCUCUUGACUUAUAUCACUUUUGUACCUAGAAAUUAAUUACCACUCCUAUGUUUGCUUGUGUACUCACAAAGAACUUGUUUGUUUUUUCUUUCUCUUGUUAUUAUUAUUGUGCGCGAACCAUAUUAAGAGUAUGUUUUAGCCCAACAUUACGCAUCCUGAUUGUGAUGAUUCAACUAUUACUAGA